GUUCAUCUUUGAAGAUUACACUCCUACUAAUUUUGACACGUUUCCGGCUGCCAUCAUGACCGUCUUUCAGAUUCUUACUGGAGAGGACUGGAAUGAGGUGAUGUACAAUGGGAUUCGCUCACAAGGAGGGGUGCAGUACGGCAUGUGGUCCUCAAUCUACUUUAUUGUUUUAACCUUGUUUGGGAACUAUACAUUGCUCAAUGUAUUCUUGGCUAUUGCUGUGGAUAAUCUAGCCAAUGCACAGGAACUGACUAAGGAAGAAGAGGCGGAAGAGUUCUUCAAUCAGCGUUAUAAAUCCAGAGAAUUUGGCCUCUCAGAAAGGAGACGGAGACCGUACUUGUACAGGAAGCGUGCCAUCCACCGAGGACGACCAACUCCUGCAGAGGCAGAGGAGGAAGCCGCUGGGAAGCAACCGGAAGAGCAGCCCGUCAAUGCUUUUGCUGGCCGUCGUGAAAGACGCAAAAAGAUAAGCAUGUCCGUCUGGGAGCAACGGGCCAACCAGCUGCGGAAACGUCGGAAGAUGGCCAGUCGUGAGGUGCUGUUUGGCAGUCCCACAGAGGACCAGUUGGACACUCCAGUGAGUGAUCAUCACCAACAGAGCUGCAUUUCCCCAGAGACGAGCCCUUUACACUUAGCAGAAUCACCAAUGUCUGUGGGGAUGCCACUGCCAGAGCCGCCUAUGUCUAUCAUCAUUCCUCUCCCUGAACCUCCAGAAUCUGAGCCCUUGUCCCUGAUGGGAUCGGGGCUGGAGGAGAGGCCGAGCACUAAUAACCAUCAUUCCAAUACAGAGAGGAGGCAUCGUGUGGCAAGGAAGUUUCGGGCUGCUGCCGCUGCAGGGGUGUCAGAGGGUGGGCGGCACAAACGCCACAGACAUCGAGAGUUCAGAACAGAGGCCAGAAAUGCAGAGAAUCACCAGCAAUUUGGGUGCAGCGAGAAACCGGCUGAGGAGGGUGAGGAUAAAAUGGAUGAAACACAGUCUAAAAACUUGAUGCACAUGUACGAAACAGAAACAAUCAUGUCUGGCAAGCAAAAUGAGAGUCAGGAGGAAUGCCAAAG